AUGGAUAUACCUAGCAGCGGUGCAAUAUUUACGCUUGGCAAAUCGCACUUAGCGGAAAAUACGCAAAGCUAUUUCUAUAUCAAAAACGAUCCGGUCAAACGCUUGAUAUCCGGCCCGCAUCAGAGUGCGGUCAUAUGCGAAUCGGGUCGUCUUUUUGUUUGGGGCGAGAAUCAUUAUGGCCAACUGGGCAUUGGCGGGCAUGCCAACAAAAACAACAACAACAACAGCAGCAAUAAUGGUGAUAUAGUCAGCAAGCCCACUUGCGUUAAGUCGCUAAAAACUUUGGGCUUAAAGAUAAGCGAUGCGGCCUUCGGCAACAAUUGGGCCGUGAUAAUGACGCUCUCCAAUGAGAUAUUCUUUACGGGUCGAAAUAUAUUCCCCAUGGACACGCACGUGGCACAGCACUUUAUAAAUGCUCUUGUCGAAGAGCAGCCAUGCGCUAUUAUACGAAAGCCUUUUCGUUUGGAGGAAUUUGACGAUUAUCUGUCUAAGAACGAGGAGACGGAUAACUUUGUGGCCUUGCAGGCGGGCAAUGAGCAUUUUGCAGUGCUAACCAGCAAAGGUCGCUUGAUUGGCUGCGGCUCGAAUGCCAAGCAGCAGCUGGGCGAUUUGGAUGCGGACUAUGACGGCCAUCCCGUGGAGAUAUGCCUGGAUGCUGCAGUGCAGCAGUUUGCAUGUGGACCAGAGUCAACGCUGGUGCUGACAGGCAGUGGAAAUCUCUUUUUGACUGGCCGCCUCAAUGAGUUUGUCUUUCCCAAGUUCACGGAGCUGCAGAAGAAUCUCUCGCAGACAGAGCAGAUCAUCUUCAUGCACAUAUCGAAGGCGAGCGAAAUCUUUAUUGUGACCAAUGUGGGCAACAUCUAUCGCAGCUUCGAAUCGCUGCGCAACAAGAGCUUGGUCUUUCAGCGGUUCUAUGACUACGACAGCGAGGAGAAUGGACCCAUUUGGAAGCUACUGAAGGGCUUCUCCUUCUAUGCGGUGCUCAGCAAGGCCAACAAAUUCUUUACCACGUUCUCGGAGAGCGGCCAUCAUCUGAAGACCUUUCGCGAGAUCUCCAAGUUUAAGAAUCUGCGUCUGCUCGAUAUAGCCGUUGGCGAUCAGCAUAUUCUAGUCCAGGGCUUGCCCAGAUCGUCCGCCCUUUCUGCUACAGUGGGCACUCCUGCGGAUGCACACUGCAAUAUGAGCCGCAGCUUUGUGCUACAGCCAAAAGAUCUCAAUGGCAACAUGGAAAUGCGAAGCGCCAGCGGCAGAAGUCUGACUAAGCAACAGGCAUUGAAGGAGGCGGAACCAGAAACGGAAAAGGACAAGAACUCUGGACUCAUGGGUGCUAGCGUCGCAGCGGUUGGUGCCUCUGUGGCCACGCUGGAGGCAGUGAAGCACAUUUCAGAUGAGCAAAAAAACAGCACAGCUGAACCGGAGCACAGCACGGCAAAGGAACAAGAAGAGCAUGAACAAAUGACAGAGAUGGAAGCAAUAAAUGACAAUGUAAAUGAAGAAGCAAGUGAAGAAAAGAAACAAGAACAGGAGCCCAAAACAGAAGAGUUAAAUGGCAACAAGGAAGAGCUGUUAGUGGAAGCGAAAAUAGAGACGCCAGUUGAGGCCGUAGCAAGCGAAGCAACGCCUCAAAAGGAGAGUAAGACAAAGGAAAUAGAAGUGAAAUCAGAGCAAAUGGAGCCCACGGCGCCUGAGGAGAGUCCGAUGAAGCAAGCCACAAAUGCAACUGCAGUGGAAGCGCUAGCUAAGUUACCAACGCCACCUGCAGAGACGCCAUCACCUCAGCAAUCACCAGCAGAAUCGGUCAAGUCCAAGCAGUUGACAACCGAGGAGCAGCCGCCCACAGCGAGCAGCCAGGAAAAGCAGCUGCGUCCGCACACGCCUUACCCGGAUAGCAGCAAUGCGAGCACACCACAAACUAUUAAGAGAACGCCUAUACGCAACUUCUCCUAUGAGGCGGCCAUGAAGCAUGAUGAGAUUGAGCAAACCUCGCCGGAGCUUGUGGACAGCUUGGAUACAGUUGAAGAGAAUCCAUUGGCUGAAAGCGCGUCUACAACAGAAAUACAAAUAUCUACGCCCACGCCGCCUACCGAGGAAGAUGAGCAGCUGGCCGUUGAGAUAACGACCACGGAGGACGCGCUAGACAGCAGCAAAGUGGUAAAUGAGAUACGUUUCAUUAACAACGGCGUCGAUGUGACUGCCAACGUUGAGAAGCAAAUGCCUGACACGCCACUGGCUGAGUUUGUGGAUGAUCUGGAGUCGGAGGGUGAGCAAAUGCUGGAUGAUCUGGAGCAGCAUGUUGACAAGGUGGUCGCAGAACAGAAAUCAGAGGCUGUCAAAGCCACAGCAAGCGUCGGCGAUGCCAUCGAAUCAAAGCUGCAGGACGCGGGAAACUCGGUGCAAACGGCUAUGCACAAUGUGGUGACAGGUGCGCGUGAUACUGUUGAAACUGCGGGCGAGCGCAUGGUAAAUGGUGCACGACAUGCUGUCGACGCAGCUGGCAAAGGUGCCCAACGCAUGGCAGAUGGAGCCCGAGAAGCUGUUGAUGCGGCAGGCAAAAGCGCGAUGCGCAUGGCUAGCGAUGCUAAACAAUCUAUGGAACAGGUGGGCAGCAAUGCAGCCAAAGUAGCAACAAACACAAAAGAGUCCAUGGGCAGAGCCAUGGACUCAAUGACCAGCAAGAUAUCUAACGAAGUGCAUGGCGCCAAAGAGAACAUAUCAUCGCUGUUUCAAAUCAAAGCGGCCAAGGAGUCGCAGCCCAUGACAACGCCAACAACGACACCGGAGGAUGUUCGACCAAAGCGAAGCAUUGAGACAGCUAACUCUGGCGACUUAGAGGCAGAGGGCGAGGAAGAUGAACGUACCACGGCCUCGGUAAAUUCAAAUCACAAUUCCGCUGCCCAUAGCAAUGGCAAUGGCAAUGGCAAUGUCUUUGAGCCCAUGAACAGCAAUAGCCAUGCCUUUGAAGAGGAUCCACUCGAUGCGGUUGUGGAGCGUAGCAAAAAGGCAAUGCAAGAGGAGCUGCGCGCUUUGGAAGAGCAACGCGCCCAAUCACACGUUCACAGUAAAGGCGAGCAACAGCGCAGACAAAGCACAGAGAGCAAAGGCAUAGUCCAGCAAUUUCUAGAUAGUGUGCGGCUUUCGUGCCGGAACGAGAAGGCCGUACAAAUCGAGGAUGAGCCGCCACCGCCGACGCACCACAAUAAAAACAAGGUCAAUAGUGAGCUGAGCCUGCAGAAUGGCCAAAAUGGCGAGCAGCAGUCGUCACGCGUGUGCACAAUUUUAUAAAAACGAAACGCACUACCUACUAAGAAAAGCGUACACUUUUAUAAAUAAUUGCAUUUGAUUUUAAUAAAUAAACUUGCAGUUGCAAUUUCGCAUUAGAAAUGCGUGU